AUGUGGCGCCCAGAAGACGUCGUGACGGCCCCCUUCGAGGCCGGCCUAGCCGCGUUCCAAUGGCUCGCCAACAAGGCUCUGGCCCCGCGCCCGCCGCCGUCGCAGAACGGGCACGCGCCGGCGGACCGCCCGCGCAUCGCCGUGGUCGGGGCGGGCAUCACGGGCGUGUCGGCGGCGGCGCAGUGUGUGGGCCACGGCUUCGGCGUGGUGCUCUUCGAGGCCGGCCCGCGCGGGCGGCUGGGUGGCAUCUGGACGGGCGUCAACGACUCGUCCAAGCUGCAGAUCCACUCGGCCAUGUACCGCUUCUACCCGGCGGGCGUCUGGAGCCGAUACGGGCUCGAGGGUAGGACUGUUUUCGACACCAAGGUGACGACGGCCUCGCAGGACGCAAAGAGCCGCUGGGUCAUCAACGACGAUCCUAGCCUCGGCCGCUUCGAGGGGCUCAUCGCCGCCGUCGGGGCAUGCGGCGAGCCAAAGAUGCCGCACAUUCAGGGCAUGGGCGACUUUGUGAGGGAGAUUUACCACUCAAGUCAGCUAUCGGACGACAAGUGGAUCAUCCCGCGCAACCUGCUCGUCGACGUGCUUCUCUCCUGGAACGUCCUGGGCCAGGAGACCGUCUUCUCGUGGGUCCCCGAGCUGCUGCUGCGCAAGCUCUUCUACCGCGACCUCGAGGAGCUGUCUCCACCAAAGGAUAAGGGCAUCUUCACCGACACCCCCAUGGUCAACUCGGAAGUCAUGCGCCACCUGCGCUCCGGCCGCGCCGAGUGGGUGCGCUGCGAUGUCGAAGGCUUUGUGAAGGAUGGUGUCGCCGUCAAGCAGCGCGCCAGGGGCGUGCCGGCCAGCGGGCCGGGGAAGGAGAGGCGCGUGGGCGCGGACGUGGUGGUGAUGGCGACUGGGUUCAAGCGGCCAUCGCUGGCGUUUCUGCCCGACGACUGCUUCGAGGACCCGUACGGCCCGCUGGACUGGUACCUCCAGGCGUUCCCACCCAUGCACCCGUCCGUGUGCGCCAUCAACUGCACCUACGUUUCCGCCAUCGGCACCGUUGGCAACUGGCACAUCGGCAUCUACACGCGCACGCUGCUCGUGUUCCUCGUGGACCCCUUCACGCGCCCGGCGCCCUGGUGGAUGCGGCGCUGGAUCGACAUGACAAAGGUGCUCAAGGCGGCCGGCCCCACGUCGGCCUUUGACUUCUUCACCUACCUGGAGCUCAUACCCAAUUGCGAGCGUGCUGGCGAGUCCAUGCGCCGGCAAGGCAUUUUUAGUGUUUUGCGCGACUGCUUCAUCCGAUUCUUCGUUGGACGGACUGUCUCCUCGGGCGCGAUUAGCCCGGCUACGACAGUCCCCCCCGGGCCUGACAGCCAACAAAAAAAAAUAGUCGAGGACAUCGACGCCGUCCUCCGGGCGCUCUGCCAGGGCGGCGCUGAAGAGCAGCAGGGCGCGAUAGAGGCCUACUUCCUGCCCGACGCCGCCUUCGCCCACCCCUUCUACCGCGUGCCGCGCUUUCAGCCGACGCGCGUGCCGGGAGCCCUCUUCCCGCGCCGGGAGCACGUCGUGUGCUCCCGCGACGCCAUCGCCGCCAUCUACCGCUGGUACCGCUUCCUGAGCCCGCGCAUCGACUUCCAGAUCGACUCUAGGCUCUAG